AUGCUCACCCAGGCAGCCCCCCUCAAGAGGAUUAGGGACAGCGGGGACUCCACCAUGAACUCCGGAUCAUGCCUAAGUGCCAGCACGAUGGCCAUUCCCACCAUCGCUGGCAGCAGCGCGGCCAUGAGUGCCUGCAGCAGCAGUAGCAUCAGUGCCCGUCCUGCCAGCUCCAUGGACACUCAGAUAUGCUUCCCAGAGAAGCAGGACAAAGUGAGGAAGAGAGUCAUCUGGGGCAUUGAGGUGGCUGAGGAGCUGCAGUGGAAAGGCUGGGAGCUAGGGAAGGAGAUCACCAAGAACCUCGUUCUGAAAAAUCUCUCCUGGAAAAUCCAGAAGAUGAAGUACAGGUACCAGUGGGCGGGGUCAGAGACCCAGCGCCCGAGCCCUCAAGCCCCCAAAGCAGGCACUUAA